AAAAACCCCAUUUUUCAAUUUUUUCAACGCUGCUGAAAAUGAAAAAAAUACAGUUGCCCUACCCUAACCCCCCGCCAUGGAUUUCUGUCCUUCUCGUAGACCGCAGAAAUGGAACCAGUCUCCUUUGAGCGAGCGUCACUAUAAACUCUCCGCAGCAGUUGGCUGACGAAGGCCGCGUUUGGCAGAUUCCGAUCUCCAGAUUCGAUUUUUCAGGUUCUCUGAACAGAACCAGCCUCGUUCCCUUCCACUAUUGCCUCUUCUGUUUGUUAGAUUGUAGAUGCAUCUGAAGAAAGUCGGAGAAAUUGUCGUCGUUUCGCCGGAUAACGUCCCCCAUCGCCACCCGCCGCAGUCGCAGAUUCUCGACACCACUGAGUUAACUCGCCCCAAACCCGAUCUGGAAACCCAUCAGAUUCAAACGGAGAAGAAUGAGACCCUAUUCUCUUACACUCCCCACAAAAGGCCUCUGAUGCCCCAAAGCUCUUCUCUUUCUCGCUCCCCAACUCAAUCAUCUCUCCAUCACAACAAGAACAACAACAACAAUAAUAAUCCUUUCAGAGUUUCGUCGAGCCCGUCUUUCCUCUGCUCUUGCUCACUCCCACUGCUUUUAGCUACUAAGAGAAUCACUCUGAGGCUCCUCCACCAUUCGUGCCGAGCGUCAUGGAUUAGAGUCCACAUGAAGCUGUUUAUACUGCUUUCUUUGCCCACUUUUUAUCUGCUGACCACAUCUUAUUACCGCAAUUUCUUCUUUUUCAUUGUCUGUAUCGUAUCCGUUUUACUCCUCUUGGUUGCACUCAGCUUAGCCCUCCCAUGGCUUCCUGCUAUUCGCCAAUUCGUGGCAAGAGUUAAGCCUAACACAACAAGGGAUCACACCCCUGUUGUUUGGUCAAUUGGGUCAAAACAGAAGUUGGAAAGAAGGCCGGAUUCCGGCUGUUGGGUUCAGGAGUAUAGCAAUGGGGAUGUGUAUGAGGGAGAAUUCCACAAGGGGAAGUGUUCUGGUAGUGGGGUUUAUUACUAUCACCUGACCGGACGUUAUGAAGGGGAUUGGGUGGAUGGGAAGUAUGAUGGGUAUGGAGUCGAGACAUGGGCAAAGGGGAGCCGAUAUCGGGGACAGUAUAGGCAGGGUUUGAGGCAUGGAGUUGGACUCUAUAGGUCUUACACUGGAGAUGUGUACGCUGGCGAGUGGUGUAACGGGCAGUGUCAUGGGCAGGGCGUUCAUACUUGCGAGGAUGGGAGUAGUUAUGUUGGGGAAUUCAAGUGGGGUGUCAAACAUGGCCUUGGCACUUACCAGUUCAGGAAUGGAGAUACAUAUGCCGGAGAAUAUUUUGCAGACAAGAUGCAUGGUUUUGGGGUGUACAGAUUUGGAAAUGGACAUCGAUAUGAGGGAGCCUGGCAUGAGGGAAGGAGGCAAGGUUUUGGCACAUAUACUUUCAGAAAUGGGGAAACUCAGUCAGGUCACUGGCAAAAUGGGGUUCUUGGUGUCUCAAGCGGUGUCCUUGGUGGACCUUCGUCAGAUUACCGUUCCAAGGUGUUGCACGCUGUUCAGGAAGCUAUCCGAGCUGCCGAGAAAGCCAACAACGUGGCUAAGGUGGAAGAGAGAGUGAAAAGAGCGGUAGCAACUGCCAAUAAAGCGGCAACUGCAGCAAGAGUGACAGCUGUGAAGGCAGUACAAAACCAGAUGAUGCAUCAGGACAGCAGAACCCAUCUGAAUGUGCAAUUAUCAAAAUACCCUUGAAUCUUUUUUAUUCAUUCUAAAAGGUAUCAUUCUUGUUCUCACCUCCACCACAAGAGUGAAUGCGAGGAGGGGUCCGCUUGGAACCGCAUCAAGCACUCGUUGAUUGAGGAGCAAGUCGGAUUCUUUCACUUAAAAUAUGUAAAUACCGCUCGUUCGUUGCAAGUUCUGUAAGAAAGAGUUAAGCGCACUAAAGCGCGUGUGUUUGAUGCAAAGAGGAGAUGAGUGUGGUUCCAGAUUGCCAUAGGAAAAAUGGGCAAAUUUGGGUAGGAGUUUGUGUAGCAUAGUUGAGUCAAGGUUUGUAUAAUAACUGUGUGUAUGGUUUUUCUUUGUUAUUAUUGGAAUGAAAUGUGCCUUCCUCGUCUAACACAACACAUUUGCGCAAGCAUAGUAAAGAGUAAAUAGUUGAGUCAAUU